UGACUUCGUGGAAGUUGUCAAAGCGAAAGGCCGACCGAACUCAAAAUAAAAUUAGAUUUGGAUUCAGCUCCACUUCUUAACAUAAGUUGUGUGUAAAAGACUGAAAAUGGCCGCAAAAUACGUGAUUGCUCUUUUUGGACUGUGCUGCCUAAGCGGCGCCCUCGCACAAGGCUGCCAAAACCCCAAAGUUGAGGCCGCUUCCUUCACAAGUUUAGAUGCCACUAUUGUUACACAAAUCGCGUAUAUCACAGAGUUUACGCUAACUUGUGACAACCCUCUGCCUCCGAACUACGCUUUGUACGCUGAGGUUGAAGGCAAACCCCUCACGGCGUCCAAAAUUGGAGAGAACAAAUACCAGGUAUCUUGGACGGAGGAGCCUGCGAAGGCGCGCUCCGGCACCCACGAGGUGCACAUCCUGGACGAGGAAGGCUGGGCGUCCCUGCGCCGCGCUCGCCGCUCCGACCCCGCUGCCACCGUCGCCCCUCUCUUCGCUGUUCAGCUUUCCCAUCCUGGCAGCUACUCCGGCCCCUGGGUGAACUCGGAGGUGAUGGCGACCGCCCUGUCCAUCCUCGUCGCCUACACCGCUCUGCGCAACAAGAGCAAGAUCCUAGCGUAAAUGUUGCUUUAGUGGUGAAGUUUAUUUAUGAGUGUUUUUUUUGUAAGAAAAUAAUAUAAACUAAUUUUUUACCUA